AUGGUCCAAGGCCCCAGGGAAGAGAGUGCUCUUGAUGCUGCGAUCAACAUCAAAAAGUUGGUGCAUCAAGUCACAACAGGCACUCUGUCGAACGUAUUCCCAGCGUCUGCCGAUGACCCGCCCCAGCUUGCUCCAGGUGUCAAAAUCACUCAUCGCGAUGAGAAUGGGGACGAGUUCAUACCUUACAAGCCAAAGAUGGAAGGCCGGCCUUUUGCUCUUCCCGAGUACCAUGCGCCUUGCCACUCUGCACCAUCUCUCACAUUCCUGAUCCUUCCUAUAUCUCAAUCCAGCAAAAACAUCUUGCAACACCCGCACCACUAUGCAACGUAUACUUUGGCGGAGGGGGUGAAGAAGGGAGAGACGAGUAUGAGCUCAGCGAGGGUGGCUUUGAUUGGUAACGUGACGCUGUUGCGAGAUCUCUCUGAAGAAGAAGAGACCGACUUGGCAGAGUGUUACCUCUCAUACCACCCUGAUGCCCGCGGCUGGCUGCCUGGAAAGAAGGGCUCGCCGCAUUUCUCAGAGUGGGCGAGAAUGGACCUGGAAAAGAUUUAUUACGUUGGAGGCUUUGGGGACACGCAUUAUAUCGGGGAUGUACCCGUGGGAUUGUACAAGAAGGUCAGCGGGGACGAGAGAUUCAGCGCAUGGUCAUGA